AUGCUAGAGCUUUUGCUUGCAAAAGGAGCUUAUGUUGACCCGGUAGCUCCUCAUGGAACACCACUUCAUGGUGCUGCUGGUGAAGGGCAAUAUGGUGCUGUGAAGAUUUUAUUGGACCACAAUGCAGAUUACAACAAGAUGGUAAAUGGUGUGACACCUCUUAUGGCUGCUAGAGAUGCUAACUCAACAGAAUGUAUCAAGCUCCUAGUUAAGGUUCAGGAGGAGCCCAUGCUUAAACGGGAAAUCGUGGCAUCAGAGCUUAUAUCACUAGGGAAUAUCUCUUUAAAGAAAAAAGAUUAUGCUGUCGCAGCAAAAUUGUACAGUCGGGCAAUGCAGCUUGAUCCUGAUGAUGCAGUCUUGUUCUCAGACAGGAGCCUUUGUUGGCUUCACAUGGGCGAUGGAAGAAAGGCUUUGCUAGAUGCUAAUAAAUGCAGAAAAAUGCGACCUCACUGGCCAAAAGCUUGUCGCCGGCAGGGUGAAGCUCUGAUGCUACUGAAGGACUAUGAGGGCGCAAGUGAACGGUUCUUGGAUGGACUCAAAUUGGACCCAGUGGACACUGACAUCGAGGAUGCAUUACGGGAAGCUAUGAAGUCCUUGAAGACGUCUCAGAGCACGAAAGCCAGUAACGUCGGUGGAAGCUCGUCAGUUCCCAUCGAUCUAUCCUAUCUCAGGCUUGCGGGUCUUCUACGAAGCUCACUCACCCGCCGCGCGCCGUGUGCCGCGUCCACCAAUAGAUCGCAGCCUUAG